ACUGACGUUUAGAAUGCCUCUCCCCCUGCUGUAAUAGUCAACACUUCUCAUCCGAGGUACGCACGGACGAGGAAAUAAUGACAUGCACGCUGUUUGUACACAAGGAGUGCUCGUUCGUUUAGUUAGAAUGGUUUGAUCACAAAAAAACAGUGCUCAACUUUUAUUUCGUCGCGUUUCAGCUUUGGAUUUACUCUUUAUUGGAUCACGUUUGAAGGUUACUUACGAGGACACGCGCUGGCGAGAGUUUGAUGAUUUUCAAUUAUUGGAAUUAUUAAAGACGUUCACAUGUUGAAUGCCAACGCAGACUCGGUUCCUCUUCUUCAAAUCGAUACCGUUGUUUCCGUACAUGGCACUUUACGUAUUUGAUGGCGAUGGCGACAGUUUUGUGGAACUUCAGUGCUGGCUGUUUGCUUUUAGGAAGUUUUGAUCAAGGACAUAUUUUAUAGGAUAGUUCACAAGGAGUUGCUUGAACACAUCAUCGACGCAACCUUUUGCUACCAUCCACGGUGUGUGUUCACUUGCAUAGGAGUGAAGCGCAACAGGAAAAGUGUUCAUGCUCCGGACCAUAUUUCCCCUUGUACAUAAAAGAUGACUUCUGUGUGGAAAAGAUUACAACGGCACGGGAAAAAAGCCACCAAAUUUCAGUUUGUCGCGUCAUAUCAAGAACUUGUUUUGGAGUGUACAAAAAAAUGGCAACCAGACAAACUGCGAGUGGUAUGGACCAGAAGGAACAGACGAAUCUGCUCCAAGCUUCAUGGGUGGCAGCCAGGCAUCAAGAACCCGUACAGAGGCAUGGUGGUCUGGCCUGUACCUGAAAAUGUGGACAUCACUGUGACACUCUUCAAGGACCCACAUGCUGAUGAAUUUGAAGAUAAAGACUGGACAUUCGUCCUGGAGAAUGAGUCCAAGGGCCACCGGAAGGUACUGGCCUCGGCCGACAUCAACCUGAAGAAGUUCGCCAGCCCGACGCUCACGCAGACGGACCUGACGCUGAAGCUGAAGCCGCUGUCGGUGAAGGUGGUGGAGGCCACGCUGAAGCUCUCGCUGUCCUGCGUCUUCCUCCGCGAGGGCAAAGCCACUGACGAUGACAUGCAGAGUCUGGCCAGUCUGAUGAGCGUGAAGCCCUCGGACAUCGGGAACCUGGAUGACUUUAACGAGAGUGAUGAAGACGAGGACAAGAGAUCCAGCGCUGGAGCCUCCAUUAGUGCUGCAGCCCCUCCUCCUCCUGUGUGCCCAGUGCACAGCCAAGAAAAGAAAUCUGCUUUUGUAAAGCCUUUCCCAAUAGCCAGUGAGAAAGAGAGGGCGGGCCGUGGCGUCCCUUUCCGUCUCCCUGGCACGUUCACUAACCCUGACACCCCGUCACGCCCUCCAUUACCCACCCCGCCCUCUCCCCGUGGCAUCUCUGCCGCCCGGGGCAGACCUCCGCGCCCACUCCACCCUCCCGGGCUGCCAGCGCGCCCCUCCCCUGACCCCCGCUCCACCGCGGCUGCUUUUGGGGCCCAGCCCCCGUCACUGCCCAAAAUCUUCCAGCCCUCUUCUGGCACAGUGCCUGUCUCUUUCCCACGGACGCCUCCAAAGCCUCAGACAGUCCCUGCUGUGAGCCCUGAGGUGUCUGCUGGGGCCGGUGGGGCCGUGGCCCCUGACUAUCCUCAAAUCAGACCCUGUGGCUCAUCUCUUGCUAAAUCCUCCUCACUUCCUCUCUCUCGUCCUCCUUCACUUCCUGCUGCUGCUUCCACUAAAGAGAUGCACAGGGAAUUGAGCACACUAACAGAGGAGGAACAACCAGGUUCACCUAUACAUGAGCCUUGGACGAAGCCUGGAGCUUUAUCUUUGAGCCUCGGAGAUGAGUCUCAACGCUCGUCUCGCUCCAUCGGCAGCAUCAGCAUUGCCAACCAGCAAUCCUCGCCGUCUCCGCCCGGCACAGACCAGGAGAAGAGAGGGAUGGCACCCGUGCACACACGUGUCACCAUAGACACAACCAAAGACCUUGGGGAGGGAGCUUGCUCGGCGGCAGCUGAAGACCAGGGACCCAAGGCAGUCAGGGCUGAUGUCCCUCCUCCCUGGCCUUUCUCUGCCCCUGACCAGUCACCAGCAGCUCCAAGUACCGGUGUCACCAAAAGUGUCUUUGUGGCAGAGAAGCCACCACUGGCGGAAGAGGAGCCUGACUUCAAGGAACCGGCCGCAGAGAUAAAAAAGCCCAGUCAACCAGUUAAAGUCGAUGCAAAGGUGUCAUCAACAGACAAAACAUCUCUUGUUGCAGAAAAACCACCACUGGCUGAGCCAGAGCCAGACUUAGAGGACACUGAUUCUAAGGUACUAGUGAGACCAGUCCUGCCUGGGGGUGUGUCAGUGGGGCAGAACAUUCAGGAGGGUAUCAAAGUGAAGCCUGAACUUAAAAAAGCGUCUGAAAUCCCUAUGGGAAUAAAGAAAGAAGAUAAAUUGAUCCCUGAGAGAGCACUACCCCUUAGUGCUGACCUCAACAGAUCAGACGAAGACAAGGAAAAGAUGAAAAACCUGUCAACCCUUUCUCCCAUGAAGGAGUCUAGCACCGCUGGGCCUGGGCUAGCAUCUAGUAAUCAGCCGGAUGUUGCACCAAAGACAAACAUCUCAAAAGAAAAACGACCUCCAUGGGUUGAGCAAAUAUUUCUCCCCAGUGAAGAAAAAGACUCGGAAGACAGUGAUCACAAACAAAUGCCUGGAAGAUUUCCUCAAUUUGACUCUAAGGUCGUGGAACACAUAAAUGCCAAUGAGAACAAACGCACACAGGAGCUAAAGCCAGGACUGGUGAUGCAAGACAGUGAACAGAAGAAUGCAACUGAUUUUGUUGAUGAUGAAGGUUUAAGAGAAAUGGCUUCAACAGUUGAGUCCCUUCCACUAGCAAGCAAACAGGGAACUAGCAAAAAAGUGGAAGAUUCCCCAAAAAGUGCUGAGUUGGCAAAACAGGCAGUCCAAACAGAACAGCCCAGUCAACCCAAAAACAAAGACACCCAUGUCAGCAAUUUACCCAAGUCCCUGGACCUUCUACCCUCAAAAUCCACUUCAAAGAAUUUACAGUGCUCAGAACCUGCUAUCAGUGAGAUAACCAUCAAAAAGUCUGUGAAAGACAAAACAGGAACAGUUAAUUUGGAUAUGCUAGCCUCAAAACAGGAAGUAGUCCAUACUGAACGUCCUCUCUGGGCUGCCUUGGAAGAGAAGAGUAAGGAAUCUGGGCCAUUGGUAAUUAAGGAGACUGUUCCUGAUAUGUUGCCUCAUGGUAAACAGGAGAACUUAGAUAUGGUCUCAGCUCCAUCUGAACCGGAAUCCAUAGACACAAGACCAAUCAAAUCCAAACCUUUCCUAUCACAUACCAAAGAGGCAGAAGUCAGAAAGCUAGAGGGUGACGCGAAAGAUCUCAAGUCCUCACACUCUGCUCAGCUGAGGAUCCCAUCUCUCAAAUCCAGUCAACUAGAUAUCCUGUCCUCUGUUGGAUCCCAACUUCCUGCUCCCGAAACUAGUACCAAGAGAGCAAAGCUACCGUUAGAGAAGCUCUUACCUGCCAGCGCUAGUCUGCCUUCUCCAGUUGAGGCAGAGCAUAGUGAGUCUGAGGAUUUGAAGCCUCUUCACAUAGUGGAGACUCCCACUGAAGAAGAGAGACCACUAUGGGCCGCUGUAGAGGACAAAGCCAAAGAUAGUGGCAAAGAGGCAGAGGGCCCAAGCUCCGGUUCACUGGAGGGUACCGAUGUCUCCCCUGGAGGGGGAAGGACUGAACAAGAGGCAGUUCUUCAGAAGAAGACACAAAAGAUGACUUCUUGCAGCUCAACAUCUUUGGACACAUUAGACAAGAAUACACCCAAGAUGCCAAUGGCCUACAAAACAUCAAUUGAUAGUGUCCCACCAAACACUUCUCAAACUGCUUCUUACUCAGCUGAGAAAUUCAAUCCAGAUAGCAAAGGCAGACCCCAGAAACCCUCCCCUGAGCCAGGUAUUAAAUCGACCCCCUUAGACCAGCAAGUUGAAUUUAGUGAUGAGAUUAGCCAUCUGAAACACAAAGAGUCUGAAUCAGCUGCUCCAAGGGAGUAUGUUGAAGUGUUGGAGACAGAGGAGUCAAGGGAAGCAACCAAGGCGAUAUCAGAGGAAUCCGAUGUCCUAGCCAGGGAAGACGAUGAACCCUCCAUGGGGUUCAUGAGCACCAUAGUGGGUGCUCUGUAUAAAGGUUAUGAGACGGUGACCUCCAUACUCCAAUAUGUCCCCUCUGAACCUGACCGUGUCAGUGCUGAUGGAUCAAGCAUUCACGAAAGCACAGAGUUUGACAUCCUCCCACCAGAGGAGUUUUGUGAUGCUCUGGAGGAUCCCCUGUCUGAGGACGAAUGGCUAGAGCCCCCAGAUGUGUUGCCAUCAGUAGUCAAGGAGCGGAGCAUCCAUAAAACCAAGCUCAUUCCGAGCGGUAGGCCUCCCUCCAUCAGUCUGGUAGAGAGUCUGCGGAAGGCUGCCUCAGAGGAAGAGAAAGCUAGGGGUGAAUCAUAUGAUCAGCAGCCCAACGAUGAUAAGAAGAUAACGGUGCCCAGAGAUAAAGAGGGUGAACAUCUAACCACUGCAUUUUCUAAAGCGAAAGAAAACAAAGAAAGAAUAUCUGUGAAGAGCAAUGACAAGGCUGAAAAUCAGCCUUCACUGAUAGCAACAGACCUGGAUCAAAUAGCUUAUGAAGAGCUCACAGAGAGAAGAACAGAGGAAGAGCCUUGUACAGGGAGGAAAGGGAGCAAAGAAAAGUGGGCGAUAAACAAACAGAUUCAUUCCACCAACAGCCUGGAAAACUUGGAUGAAGUGGAGUUUGUUCAAGGCCAAGAAGACAUUGGCACCGUUUGGGAGCUGGAUUUGUACAUGGACAGGGGCUCAGAGCAGAGCCCUGUGCCUGCAGCACCACAGACUGGUUCGCUCACUCCCCUCACUCCCACUGACUCUGCCACGAAGCAUAGGCCACCAUCACCUGUGCUGCAUGUGGAACCACCACAGUCAGAUGCAGGCAUCAGAUCAGGGCAAGGAGCCAGCUCUGUGGAAUCCCAUAUCCUACCCGACCUGAGCAAGACUCUAGCAGAAAAAGACAGUCCUCUGCCAGAGAUAGACACUGUCAGUUCCUCUCCUCGUGUGAAAAAGCAAAACACCUCUAUGCCAAUGCCACUUCAGGAGGUAGGAUCAAGUGUAACUGUGAAAGAUACACAGUCCACCGAAGAGCCCCAAAGCCUAGUUUCACCCCAGGAUGGCAAAAAGAACAAACCCAGCCCUUUAAACCUAGAGAGAGAAACCUCACCAGAAUCUGGUCUGCAGUCUGAAACAGCCACUGAAGCAGUUGAGAGUAAGGGUUGUGAAAAGGGCAAUGGCGAGUCAGAGACUACAGUAAAUCAAGUAGAGAAAGAAGCCAGGAGAUCCCCUGUCCUCGCCAUGGCAACCACACCCUUGGCCAGUGUGCUUGUAACAGCCCGAGAGGCCCAUGAUGAAAAGACAUUCCAUGAGGGGAAGGAGGCAGAGGAGACGUCAGGGAGAGACGUCUCUCCAAAAAGCUCGGUGGUACCCUGGCCACUUCCCCCCUCUCCGUCUGAGGAGGCAGCCCCUCAAACCGUCUCCAGUCUGUCCGAGGAGGAGAACGCGCUGUUGGCCAAGAUCCUGCAGAUGGGGCGGGAGUCACCGGAGAUGCCCGAGUCUGAGUCCGAGCCUGUUCCCCGCACCAGGAAGCGGCUGGCUUACAUCGCCCCAGACGUUGCCUCCACUCCGAGCCCCCCACCAACACCGCAGCCAGAAGUGAAGCCGGGCCUGGACGAGACUGAGAAAUCUCCCACCGCCCCUGAAGUAACAGAGGGAAAGGAGAGCCCUAUUCCAAAUACGACAAUCCGCCAGGAAACCAGCAAAGACGGUGGGCAUGAAAGUGUGGGGCAUGCUUUGGAUGAGAAGCAGGAAAUCAAAACUGAGCCCUCUCUCUCGACCCCUGAUUUGUUGUUGAAUACUCUCCCGGCAUUGACUAUCCCAGAGGCUAGAUUCGAGAAGAUGACCGAUGACAUAUCCCCCUCCUUUCAGACCUCUGGGGAAGGAAACCUCAGUGUGGAAAAGCCCAAGGACACUGUUGAAAGUGCAACCGUUUCAGGCACAGAGGUUAGCAUUGAUGGUGCUGACAACAAAGACAGUUCUGAAGCAGCAGCCCAGGUUUCUCCUAGCAGCGACAGCUUGAACAGAGACAAGGAUCAGGGGACAGGGACUGAACUGGGUGUUGUGGAGGAAGAGGAAAAACAGUUAGAGAAGGAGGGAGGAACUCGCACAGAGAAUGUCAUGGAAGAAUUAUCUCUGCAGGUGAUCAAGGAGGAGCCUUCUGACCCCCCGGUGUCCUCCGGCCCAGAUGACCUGCCCACUGAUGAUAUAGUGGAGUCUCAGACCAGUGGCCAGGGUUCACUGGAUACAACUCCCUCCGUGACAGAUGCACCACCAGCUCUGGAACCUCCCAAGCGCAGUAAGAAGAAGAGCGUUCCUCCUCAGGAGGUGGGAGAGACUGAUGGGAGCACAGCUGAGGCCUUGCUUCAAGCUCAGCAGGUUUCCAACCCCAUGCUCAGCCCUGGUUUGGUCAACUCAAGUCAGUCUCUGCUAGAAUGGUGUCAAGAGGUCACUAAGGACAACAAAGGAGUGAAGAUCACUAACUUUAGUACAUCUUGGCGUAAUGGCCUGGCCUUCUGUGCUAUCCUUCAUCACUUUCACCCUGACAAAAUAAACUUUGAAAUGCUGGAUCCCUACGAUAUCAAAUCAAAUAACAAAAAGGCCUUUGAUGGGUUUGCUGCUCUGGGCAUCGCCCGCCUUCUGGAGCCGUCCGACAUGGUUCUCCUCUCCGUCCCGGACCGGCUGAUCGUGAUGACAUAUCUCUGCCAGAUCCGUGCCCACUUCACGGGCCAGGAGCUGAGUGUGCUGCAGAUCGAGAAGAACAGCAGCCAGACCAGCUACACGGUGGCCGAGCCCAGCAAGGACUCUGACGCGGACGCCACCGCCCGCUUCUGCGCCCAGCGGCUGCAGGCUGGCACGAUGCUGGCGGGCGAAGGUGAGGAUGCCAUAGACGGAACGGCCAAACCCGCCACAAGCCUGGUGGCACCACCACGGACUAAGCGCUCAAGCUCAAAAGGAGAGGAGAAGGCCAACAGGGAAGGUGGCGAGGGCGAGGGAGAGGGCCAGACACCAGUGGCCCCUCCAAGACCGAACGCCUCUGCUGCCAAGUCAGGCUUCGGCCAUGUGCGAGAUGCUGACCUGGUCAAGAAGCGUCGUCUGCGGAUGAAGAGUGAAUCCUUAGAUGAAGUGGAUGGAGUAGAGCCUGGGUCUCCCGAAGGAGACGAGGUUUCUAAAGGCGAGGGGAAAAAUGGCUUCACAGCUGGGAAAGAGUCGACAGAGCACAGCAAGGAUAAGAGAGAAACUGACGAAGAUACUCUGCGCCUGCAGGACACAAGUCAAUAUGUGGUGAGUGAAUUGCGAGCUCUGGAGAGCGAGCAGAAGCACAUCGACAACAGAGCCGCCAUAGUGGAGAGGAGACUACGAUGGCUGAUGGAGACAGGCAGUGAUCGUGAGGAGGAGGAGAGGCUGAUCCAAGAAUGGUUCAUUCUUGUUAACAAGAAAAAUGCUCUGAUUAGGAGACAAGACAACCUGGAACUCCUGCAGGAAGAACAGGAUUUGGAGAGACGAUUCGAACUACUAACCAGAGAGCUUAGAGCCAUGAUGGCUAUUGAGGAUUGGCAGAAGACACAGGCACAGCAGCAUAGGGAACAGCUGCUGCUGCAGGAGCUGGUGUCACUGGUGAACCAGCGUGACGAACUUGUGCGGGACAUGGACGCUAAAGAGAGAGGGGCCGUGGAGGAAGAUGAGCGCUUGGAGAGAGGUCUUGAGCUAAGGCGACGGAAGUACAGCAAUAAGGACAAGUGUGUGCUGCAGUGAAGGAACUCUGGGAAUGAGAAUAUUUUGAGUCAGCGCUCCUAUCUCACACUCCAACUGAAAUCCACAUUUUUAAGAGAAAUGUUGCAAUUUUGAAGUGAAAAAUAUCACAGUAUUUUUCAAACAAACAAUGUUUUUUUUUAUUAUUGUUACAGGACAGAGCUUGUAGAAUAUGUCUUUUUUUCUGGGAGAUGACAAGAUUACACACUGUAAUGUGCUAUCCCUCGUAACUGCACAACAUGAUAACAUUGUGCAUUUAUUUUUGAUGUCUGCCUAGAUAGAAAGGGGAAUAGUAUGACUAAUUCAUUAUGGACCUUGGAAUCAUCAAGAGUCUGGAACGUGAGUGAAAUGAAUGUGACCUCAGAAGUAUUUAAUUCAUCACAGCCUUGUGAUGGAUGUCAUCUAUACAGCAAGACUCCUCUAAUGGAAGUCUCUUAAAAAGCUGCUCUCUCUCUCUUUCUCUCUCUCUCUCUCUUUCUCACUAUCUACUCUAAGCGUCCGUUGUAACCAAAGCUGUUUGUAUAGUAUUUACUUCCCAAAUUGCACUUUGCAAAUACAGUUUUAAUUUGGUUCUUCUGAACUUUGUUGUUAUGUGUUUAUCACUGGACCUUGACAAAUAUGACAAAUGUUGUGAGUACUCAGCUGGACAGUGUCUUUGUGUGCAUCUGGGAGGGAAUACUGUGUUUUCAUUUAGGGAAUAAAUUUAACGUUUUGAAUGUUCCUCUCUACAAAAAAAAAAAAGAAUUCAACUAUAAAAUAUGAGAAGAAACACCUACAUUUACAUUUUGUACCAGCUUCUUUAAUUGGUAAACUUCUCUAUUUUAAUUUGAAGAACACAUCCUUUCUUGAACCAAAGAGACCUCUUGAGACUAUUGCCUGUGGCAUAGCAAUAUUUGUUACAGCUAAAGAUUAUUGUCAUAAUUGUUUUAGACGUAAUUAUUCUGUUUCUGAACUUCUGCCAGUUUUACAUAGAAAUGACAAACCAUUGUUUUGAUACAUGUGAUGCUUUCAGUUUAUUCAAAACAUUGUCUCACAAUUACAGAAUAAUAAUCGAAGAAUGGUAUUCACGUGUCACAAAACAUAGUUUUUUUUAUAACCAUAUUACUGGAGUUUGUUUGUUUUUGUUUGUUUAAAAACAACACAGAAUGAUUUGAGGAGUAUUAAUCCUCUGUGCCUUUUACCAUUCUGUGGUACUGUUGUCAUGUGUUUGAAAUGUUUGAAAUUAAUAAAGUUUGAUUGUUUUUAAAACUAAAA